GCCUCAGAAGAGCCCCACAGAUGGCAUCAUCCUCAUGCUUUCACUGACCAGGGAGAAAUGGUGCUGAGAGGCCCUGGGGCUGACCCAACUUGGAUCUGCAGGCCCCCAGGACACUGGCCAGUCAGCAUGUCCCAGCGACACUCGGACAGCUCCUUGGAAGAGAAGCUGCUGGAAUACCGCUUCCACUCAGAGCUACGGCUUGAUGCCAAGGGGAACCCGGCGUCAGGGCUCCCGAUGGUCCGGGGCUCCCUGCAGGUGGUCAGGGACAAUGCCCCCUUCCAGGUGGAUACCUCAGGGCCCCCACCUCUGUCCCCUAAGGACCAGGAGUCACGGACCGUGAUCCUGAGCACGCAGAGCCCUGCAGCCCUCAAGAUGGGCACUCAGCAGCUGAUCCCCAGGAGCCUGGCCGUGUCCAGCAAGGCCAAGACCCCAGCCCGCCACCAGAGCUUCGGGGCUGCCGUGCUCAGCAAGGAGGCUGCCCGGCGGGACCCCCAGCUCCUCUCAGCCCCCAGCUUCUCCCUCGACGACAUGGAUGUGGACAUGGGCUCCGAGGGAGCGCUGAGACGGAACCUGCGGAACCGAUCAUACAGGGCGGCCAUGAAGGGCCUGGGGGCUCCCAGUGGGGACAGGGGCCCCAGCCAGCUCAGCCCCAAGCUCCAGGCUCUGGCCGAGGAGCCCAGCCAGCCUUCUGCGCGGGGCCCGGCCAAGAAUAAGUUUGCGCAGAAGACGCUGGGGCGGAAGCGCGCCCACAAGGGCUCCUUCAAGGACGACCCCGGGUUCUACCAGGAGAUCCGGGAGCGGGGCCUGAACACCAGCCAUGAGUCCGACGACGAUAUGCUCGAUGAGCCGCCCAGCCCCGAUGGCACAGGAAGGGCAGAUGCGCCCAUCGUGGUCAAGAGCUACCGGCCUGCGCAGAUCACCUGGAGCCAGCUCCCAGAGGUGGUGGAGUCGGGCCUCCUGGACACGCUGCCCCCCGAGGAGCGCAAGAGGCAGGAGGCCAUCUUCGAGAUCCUCACGUCAGAGUUCUCGUACCAGCACAGCCUGAGCAUCCUCGUGGCCGAGUUCCUGCACUCCAGGCAGCUACGGGCCACAAUGACCCAGACAGAGCACCACCACCUCUUCUCCAACAUCCUGGACGUGCUGAGCGCCAGUCAGCGGUUCUUCGAGGACCUGGAGCAGCGGCACAAAGCACAGGUGUGCGUGGAGGACAUUAGCGACAUCCUGGAGGAGCACGCCGAGAAGCACUUCCACCCCUACGUUGUCUACUGCUCCAACGAGGUCUACCAGCAGCGCGCCCUGCAGAAGCUGACAAGCAGUAAUGCUGCCUUUCACGAGGCCCUGAAGGAGAUCGAGAAGCGUCCCGCGUGCGGGGGUCUCCCCAUGAUCUCCUUUCUGAUUCUCCCCAUGCAGAGGGUAACCCGGCUGCCCCUCCUGACAGACACCCUCUGCCUCAAGAGUCAAGGCCACCCUGAGAGAUACAAGGCCGCCAGCCGCGCACUCAAGGCCAUCAGCAAGCUGGUGAGGCAAUGCAACGAGGGAGCCCAUAAGAUGGAGCGCACAGAGCAGAUGUACACGCUGCAUACACAGCUGGACUUCGGCAAAGUCAAGUCCCUUCCUCUGAUCUCUGCCUCCCGCUGGCUGCUGAAGCGUGGGGAGCUCUUUGUGGUAGAAGAAACCGGGAUUUUCCGAAAACUGGCCAGCCGGCCGACGUGCUACCUAUUUCUGUUCAAUGACGUCCUGGUGAUUACCAAGAAGAAGAGCGAGGACAGCUUUCUGGUACAGGACUAUGCCCAGGUGGACCACAUCCGGGUCCAGAAGAUGGAGCCCUCCGACCCCUCUCUGGUGGGGGGUAGUAGCCGCAGCUCCUUGGUGCCACACGUCUUCCAGGUGACCAUGCUGCACAACAGCGAGGGCCGCCAGGAGAAGAUCCUGCUGUCCUCCGACUCCGCGAGUGACCGGGCCCGGUGGAUCACGGCGCUCACACACAGGGAGAGGCAGGGACGGGGCCCCACCAACAAGGGAGACCUGCUCCAGGUCGAGGUCACCAAGGCUUACUUGGCCAAGCAAGCGGAUGAGAUCACGCUGCAGCAGGCGGAUGUGGUCCUGGUGCUGGAGCAGGAGGAUGGAUGGUUCUAUGGCGAGAGGCUGAGAGAUGGGGAGAUGGGCUGGUUCCCUGAGGACUUUGCCCGGUGCAUCACCAGCCGUGUGGCCGUGGAGGGCAACGUGCGCAGGAUGGAGCGGCUGCGUGUGGAGACGGGCGUGUAGCCUGUUGUGCCCAGCACGGAGGCCAGGCUGCUGCUUCAUGCCGUGCUCCAGGAAGCAGCCUGGUCCUUGGAGUGCGGUGCGCUUGUCCUAGGAGCCCAGACAGUCCGUGGGUCUCCGUGAGGCCCCGUGGUCCGCAGUGCCGGAUCCAGACACUUCCAGGGAGGGCGAUCACAUGUGCUGCCCGCCCCCGGGAGCAUCUCCAAGCAAGCUCUCAGGGCCACAGCAGCCCGACCCCCGGCCUCCCCCGGCGUCCUGCACACCCCUAGGGCAAUGGUGCAGGGCAAGUGAUGCAGGAUGUGGGCCCAGCUUCCUCCCUGUCCCCCCCGCCCAGCCCCCUGCCUGUGGGACAAAGGGCCUGAGCGUCCAGGGCAGCCCCACUUACUGAGCGGAGGUCCCCGAGGGAGAUGACCCUACAGAGCCAGUGCUGAGAUCCUGGGGUUUUCAUACACAUUAAAGUAUUUUUUAACACCUGGA